CUCGAUACUGAAGCGGGAGAAGCGGAUGAGGACGAGGAGGGUGCACUUUGAGAAGGUGACGGUGUAUUACUUCAGCCGGAGGCAGGGAUUCACCAGUGUGCCCAGUCAGGGUGGCAGUACGCUGGGCAUGUCCAGCAGACACAGCUGCGUGCGGCAGUAUACGCUGGGAGAGUUCGCCAUGGAGCAGGAGAGAAUCCACAGAGACAUGCUCCGAGAUCACCUGAAAGAGGAGAAACUCAACUCUAUCCGGCUGCGGUUGACAAAGAACGGCUCGGUUGAGUCCGAGGAGGCCAAUGCUCUCACGCUGGACGACAUCUCUGAUGAUGACCUGGAUAUUGAUAACACAGAGGUGGAUGAAUACUUUUUCCUUCAGCCAUUGACCACUAAGAAGCGGCGCGCUCUGCUGCGCUCAUCCGGCGUCAAGAAGCUCGAUGUGGAGGAGAAACAUGAGCUACGGGCCAUCAGGGUGUCCAGGGAAGACUGUGGCUGCGACUGCAGACUCUUCUGUGACCCGGAGACCUGCACAUGCAGCCUCGCUGGCAUCAAGUGUCAG